AUGUCGGUCUUUGUAAACUAUGGCGGUCCCAAACUGGACAAGAAACAGAAGCAGCUCGUCCGUUCCCAGGCCAUGGUCUCGGUCCGCGGCCAACAGAAACUUGCCAGGGCCGCCAACGCGCAUCAGCGUGACACAGGUGUAACCAAUCCUUCGGGUCCCUCGGCAGCAUCCGCUACUGUUUUGAGCUUAAAUCCGCGCAGGCUUGCUCCUGCCAUCCCCACCCCAAGCACGACCGAUGUCUCUGAGGAUUCUGAGGACUCCACCGCCAUGGUGUUAGCCAAGGCACCGAGAGCCAACACUAGCCGCAAGCGCGCCGCCGCCGCUGCUGCUGCCGCUGCCGUCGCCGCUCCUGCACUCGUCUCUAGCCGGGCCCGUCAUGCUGUUCCUCCCUCCAACAUCAGAGACAUGUGCGGCGCACCCCCGCUGUCCACCCACUCCACGGGAGUGUCGGCCCGCACGUUCCAAGAUUACCUCUCCCGAUGUAACAACUACUCCUCGUACCUCGACCAGGCGUUUGUUCUGGUGGGGUUCAAGCAGCCGUCGUAUUUUAGGCCUGACAUGUCAAAGUCGGCCUGUAUCUACAUUGGCUGGCUGCUUACGGCAGGUGUCUUGGACGCAUACAAGGGUAGGGACGAGAUGAACUAUCCCUACUACGAGUACAGGGCUGUGUCUGAGCUCCAGAAGUUCAUCGACGGGGCGGAGCAGAGAGAGCUCCAUGAGGUUGUCUACCCGGUGGUGGUGCUCUCCAUGUUUGAGAUGGUGCGUCUGAGCCCGAGGGCCAUCACACAUUCUGCUGCGGUGGAGAUGUUUAUCAAGUCCAGAGGAGGCUUAGCCAAAAUGCCGGUGGUAAUGCAGCACUUGGUGGUAAUGGGCGACAUGCUGCAAGGCGUUUCCCUGGAUGCCCCCUUGGCUUUUAACAUUCUGAACCCAGUCACCAGCCUCCGAGCCGCUACAGUGGGGCCGUUCGAGGGCCAGCAGUUCAGAUCAUCCCCCUUCCUAAUGUGUGACGCCGACGAAUUCGAUCUGGCCAAUAAGUAUGUCCAGCCACACAUUCACGGGGAUCUGCCUGAGGUGUUGCAGUCGGCUUUGGAUUCCUUGAGGCGUUUUUUCAAAAUACCAUCCGAGCGGGGGUGGGAAGACGAGGCCGAUUGGCAGCACCUCGGAACAGUCGACUUGGACCGUAUCAUCGAUCAACCAUGGGAGGCCUCCGAUAUCUCUGGCUUGUUUCUCGAGACAUGUGCCUUGACGGCCAGGAUCAUGAGACGGACUCUGUUGGAGGGACUGGAUGCCUUCGAUGACGGCGCGAACAAGGAAGACUUGCAGGUUAUCUACGAAAAUGUCCGAUUCAUUGGCCUAAAGGCUUGGGUUGGGUUGCCGUACAUCUAUGUCUGGGUGAACUUGAUCGGCUUUGAAGCAUCAACCGACAUCAAGAUGAAGGCAUAUUUUGUAGCCGAAGUGGUGCGAUGCGCCUUUAGCUAUGGCUGUUAUCAGAUGGAGAUCUUUCAUGCCAUUCUUUCCAACUUCUUGUCCAUGAGGAAUGCGCUGAAGGAGAGGAAAUUUGCCCGCAUAGCCUUGACACUGGGAGAUUGUGGGUUCCUUGCUUGA